AUGGCCCGCGUCUCAGGCGGCCGCCUCGCCGCCGCCGUCUCCAACGCCGGCGGUCUCGGCGUCAUCGGCGGCUUCAUGUACACCCCCGAGCAACUACGGGAAAUCAUCGCCGAGAUGAAGGCCAACUUUAGCCGCCCGGACCUCCCCUUCGGCGUCGACCUGGCCCUGCCCCAGGUCGGCGGCAACGCCCGCAAGACGAACCACGACUACACGGGCGGCAAGCUCGACGAGCUCAUCGACAUCACCAUCGACUCCGGCGCCAAGCUCUUCGUCUGCGCCGUCGGCAGCGUCAUCGACCGCCUGCACGCCGCCGGCAUCCUCGUCAUGAACAUGGUCGGCCACCCCAAGCACGCCGUCAAGGCCCUCGACCUCGGCGUCGACAUGGUGUGCGCCCAGGGCGGCGAGGGCGGCGGCCACACCGGCUCCGUCGCCAACUCCAUCCUCAUCCCCGCCGUCGUCGACGUCGCUCGCCGCUACCGCCCCGCCGCCCUCGGUGGCAAGCAGACGGCCCUCGUUGUCGCCGCCGGCGGCAUCUCGACCGGUCGCGCCCUCGCUUCGUCCCUCAUGCAGGGCGCCGCCGGCGUCUGGGUCGGCACCCGCUUCGUCGCGUCCAAGGAGGCCAACUGCAGCGAGGAGCACAAGAACGCCGUCGUCGAGUGCACCCUCGACGAUACCCAGACCACCCUCACCAACGCCUACAUCCAGGGCUGGCACGACAGGCCCCUCGAAGUCAAGAAGCUGUGCGAUAGCGGCAUCGUGCCCCUCGAGCACGACCUCGACCAGGGCAAGGACGUCGCCGGCAUCAUCCAGGAGGUCAAGAGCGCCGGUGAUAUUGUCGACGAGAUGGUGGGCGAGGCUGCCGACAUGCUGAGGCUCGGCGGCACGUACCUCAACGGCGGCAACGACAGGAGUAGGCUAUAA